AUGGGCGAGGGCGAUCUGGAACUCACGUUCCCGGCUGACGACGUCAGCGGCGUCGGUGGCGGUGGAGCCAUCCGGUUGCGUGCCCACAGCUCCAUCCUAAAGCUCACCUCCGCCGUUCUGGGCGCAAUGCUGAGAGACCUGCAAGGCAAUAACGGCAAUGACAGCUACGACGGUGACGUCGAUGCCGGUACCCAUCCGGCGCUGUUGCGACUUCAGCUGGACGACGCCCCCCAGGGUUGGCGCGCCAUUCUGCCCAUGCUGUAUCCGAGAAUGAGCGCGCCGCCCCUGACCUGGCUCACCACCACACAACCAAAACAUAUUCAUAUAGCAAAGGUGGCGGUGGAGUUGAAGGCUGAUGUACGGCUGGUCAUCGGCAUCGCACACAAGUACGACAUACCGCUGGUGCUCCAGGCCAACCUGGUUUUGGCCUGUCUUCAUCCCCUUGUUAACAGCUCUGAUCCUCCCAAAAACAGAUCCUCCCAAUCAUCCGCAUCUCUGCCUAGCCAAGUUGUCCUUGCAGCUGUUGCAACCACACCCGCAGCAGCCUGUGAGCAGUUCCUUUUAGGAGAGCGUGACGCGCCGUUGAGCUAUAAGCGCUCCGAUCCUAACUACGUUUUGUACUGGCUUGAGAUCAGCGAGCGGCUCCAUCUGGAUGCCUUCCGGCAAAGGUGCUUACGUUACAUCCGUACCGGCAUCGCCGCCGUCGGCGGCACCACCAGCGGCUGCGACUAUUGUGUCGCCAGCGGUGGCGGCAGCGGUGGUGGUAGUGGUGCGUCUUCUUCUUCUUCUUCUUCCCGUUAUCGCGCGCUGACGAGCCGCUAUGCAAUCUGCGUGUGCGCCUGUCGUACCUGUGGCGGCCAUCGGAGGCUCUGCGGCUGCGAUCGGGGGAUGGCGGCUGCGGCCCUGGGCGCAAUCGGUGUUGCUGCGAUGGAGGCGUCAGGGCGGCAGCAGCUCCGGCUCCAUGGGCUACGGUCUCAGGGCCUUAUUGAAGCUGAGGGCGUCAUCAUUCGCUCUGCUCUCGAAGCUGAACUGGAGGCGUUGGGGCGUCGGGCGGGUUUUGGUGAACGGGACCAGACAGUGGCGGCGGCGGCAACUGGCGGCGGGUUUCCACCUGCGCAGGUGCCUGUACGGCGCCGUACCAACGGCAUUGGUGAGGCCGCUGAGCUUUCCCUGCAGGCUUUAUCUAGAGGCCUGCGGCCGAGCAGCUUCGGUGGUUACAGCCCCGCGAGCGCUGGCGGCGGCAGCGGCAGUAGCAGGAGCGUUGUGCCGGUGCGGAGUGUGGUGCUGAGGGAUCGGGAGGGUCUCAGCCGCCUUUCCGUUAGGUCGUUGGUGGAUUUGUUAGAGGUGUGA